CUGCUGGAUUACUGAUUUUAGCUCAUCAGGCAACCAUAUUUAACACCGUCAUCCUUCAUUUCUGAUGUCUUCCUCCUCUGAGGCACCCCCCAGACCUGCCCUCCCACGGUCGACUUCCUUUCUAAGGUUGCCCCUUUACAGACAGCCCAGGCAGAUGGCGGGAAGCCGAGCGCCGGAAGUCGCCUCGCCGCAGGGCCCUCUGGGUGUGACUUGAGGCAUGCCGGGAGUUGUAGUUCGCGCGGGGCUCCCGGACCGCUCGAGCGGCCUUUCUGGGGUUCGUGGCGGAGGGUGUCCCCGGCGCGGCUGGCCCGGACAGUCUGAGGUGGAGAUUCUCCUGGUGGUUCUUCCCCGUCGUGGUGGGGCCGGGCCUCUCUCGUUGGUGAGUUGAGUCCACCUGGGCCUGCUGUAUUUAUUUCCUUAAGGUUGUUGCACUGAUUAAAGAUAUACAUGGGAAGCGCUCAGGAUUCCUGGUACCAGACCCACUUGGUCAGCACUCCACGCCUCUGCCACAGGAAAACUAAGAAGGAAGGAAUGGCCGUGGACCUGCUACCCGCUCAGGGGUCUGUAGCAUUCAGGGACGUGGCCGUGUUCUUCAGCCAGGAUGAGUGGUUGCACCUGGACUCUGCCCAGCGCCGCUUGUACCGGGAGGUGAUGCUGGAGAACUACAGCAACCUGCUGUCAGUUGGGAUUCUAUUUUCAACGCCAAAGGUCAUCUACCACUUGCAACGAGGAGAAGAUCCUAGUGUGGAGGAAAAGGAGGUCCCUCCAGACACCUGUCUGGAUUUCAAGACUUGUCCUAAAACAGAAGGUUGGCAUCCCAAAAAGAGUAAUUUUGUCAAAGAAACCUCUCAGGGAGUAUUAAAGAAAAAGCCCAUUGAUGAUGACCACCGGGAUGCCAACUUUGGAGGAGCUGUUAAAACUGAGAGUGAGACAGAACAGGGACAACAGAAGAAGUCACUGGGACAAAUGGAGGCCUCACCAGAGAAAACCCUCCAAGGGGAAGAAGGUCGUGCAAGUCUUUCCUUGGGGGAAGACUUACUUGUCAACACUGUUCUGGAUUCACAACAGCAUGCUACAGAAAGGGCACCGCAAACGCCUUACACCUUAGGGAAAGAUUUUAAACAGAAUUUCGAUCUCAUGAGAUGCUUCCCGGCUUACCCAGGAUCAAAACCUUAUAUGUGUAAUGAGUGUGGGAAGAGUUUCACCCAGAAUCUUCACCUGAUUGAGCACCAGCGCAUCCAUACAGGUGAGAAGCCCUACAAGUGCACCGAGUGUGAGAAAGCUUUCAGCCACAGGUCCUCCCUGCUUGCCCAUCAGAGGGUGCAUACUGGGGAGAAGCCCUACAAGUGCGGCGAGUGCCAGAAAGCCUUUGGUAGCAGCUCAACCCUUAUCAAACACCUGAGAGUCCACACUGGGGAGAAACCCUAUCGAUGUAGAGAGUGUGGCAAAGCUUUUAGCCAGUGUUCAACCCUCACUGUGCACCAGAGAAUCCAUACUGGAGAGAAGCUCUAUAAAUGUGGUGAAUGUGAGAAGGCCUUCAAUUGUAGAGCAAAACUGCAUCGACACCAGAGAAUUCAUACAGGUGAGAAACCCUACAAGUGUAGUGAGUGUGGGAAAGGUUACAGUCAGUUUACUUCCCUAGCUGAGCAUCAGAGACUGCAUAGCGGGGAACAGCUGUGUAAAUGCUUGGAAUGUGGGAGAACCUUCACACGGAUCUCAACCCUCAUCGAACAUCAGCGAAUCCAUACUGGACAGAAACCCUACCAGUGUAAUGAAUGUGGCAAAGCCUUCAACCAGUACUCCUCCUUUAAUGAACACCGGAAAAUUCAUACUGGGGAAAAACUUUAUACGUGUCAAGAAUGUGGGAAAGCCUUUGGCUGCAAAUCCAACCUUUAUAGGCACCAGAGAAUCCACACUGGUGAGAAGCCCUAUCAGUGCAAUCAGUGUGGGAAGGCCUUCAGCCAGUAUUCUUUCCUUACUGAACAUGAGAGAAUCCACACCGGAGAGAAGCUCUACAAGUGUCUGGAGUGUGGGAAGGCCUACAGUUACAGAUCAAACCUCUGCAGACACAAGAAAGUGCACACUAAGGAGAAGCUCUAUAAGUGGAAGGAGUACGGGGAGCCCUUCAUCUACAGUAGCUCCUCCCUUACUCAGAGAUUUCUCAAAGAAGAAAGUCCCUCCGAGGCCUAGUUCACCUCUGACCCUUGGAGAUUUCCUCACUGGAGGAUGGCUAGGAGAAUCAUGAAUAGGGCACAAAGCCUUAGUAGGUCAAGCCCUUUUUAUUUCUCCUGCGGGAAAUAU